AUGUUACGAGUCAAUGUCGGUAGCUUGUCUUCCCUUCUGAGGAACUGUGCUUCUCCCUCUGUCAUUCGCCAAGCUAAGCAAGCGCAUGCCCAAGUCCUUGUCCAUGGCUUCCUUCCCAACGUCACUCUUCAAACCGAUCUCUUGUUAGUCUACUCAAAGUCUGGCCGCCUUGAAGAUGCCCGAUGUAUCUUCGAUGGAAUGGUCGAAAGAAAUAUGUAUUCGUGGAACAUUUUGAUCUCUUCGUAUGUUCAAAACAGUCUCUACAAUGAAGCUCUAAGUAUUUUUAAAGGGUUUCUGAAGAUGGGUCUUCGUCCAGAUCACUUCACGUUUCCGUCUGCUUUUAAAGCGUGUGCAGGAACUGGGGAUUUCUAUUCAGGAAGGAAACUUCAUGCGUUGGUAAUCAGAGUUGGGCUUGAAGAUCAUGUUAUUGUAAGGAGUUCAAUAUUGGACUUGUAUGUAAAAUGUGGGAAUCUAAUGGAUGCACAGAGAUUGUUUGUGAAUAUGUGUCAAAGGGAUGUGGUUGUUUGGAAUUGCAUGAUUUCAGGGUUUGGAAGGGCUGGGCUUUUUGUGGAAGCGUUGAACUAUUUUAGGGAGAUGCAGACGAAAGGAGUGAAGAUGGAUUCAAGGACAGUACCUAGCAUUUUAAAUGUCUAUGGAAAGGAAGGUAAUCUAAUGAAGGGGAAAGAAAUCCAUGCGCAAGUUGUUAAGAAUCCGAUUUUUAGUGAAGACAUUGCAAUUGGAAAUUCUUUGAUUGACAUGUAUGCAAAGUGUGGGUGUUUAGAUGGUUCACUAAAGGUUUUCAGGAGCAUGCGUAAUUUGAAUCUGGUGACCUGGACAACAAUGAUAUCUUCUUAUGGGCUUCACGGGAAAGGUGAAGACUCUUUGGAUCUUUUUGAGAAGAUGUUGCUUAAUGGAUUUGAACCUAACGGUGUCACAUUUACUGCACUUUUAGCUAGUUGUAGCCACUCCGGUCUUGUUAGUGAAGGCUGGAGGAUUUUUUAUUCAAUGGGUUCAGAUUAUGGGGUUGAACCCACAGUAGAGCAUUAUGCUUGCAUGGUGGACCUUUUAGGCCGUCUUGGGUAUCUCAAGGAAGCACUAGACUUGAUAAAAAGGAUGCCUGAAGCUGCAUCAGGGAGCACUUGGGGUGCUCUUCUUGGUGCUUGCAGGAUGCAUAAGAAUGUGGAGAUUGGUGAAAUUGCAGCUUACCAGCUAUUUGAAUUGGAGACCAGGAAUCCUAGUAAUUAUAUUGCAUUGUGCAGUAUCUAUGACUCUGUUGGCCGUCUGGAUGAUGUUCUAAAAAUUAGAUCAAGGAUGAGAGAACUAGGUUUGACAAAAUCACCUGGGUGCAGCUGGGUUACAAUUGAAGGUAGAGUCCGCAGGUUCUACCAAGGUGAUCUUUCACAUAGAUGGGUGAAAAUCACAUGUGAAACAUUAGAAAGGAUAAUUAGGACAAUGAUGUUGCCCUUUCAUUGUGGAUAG